CCCAAUCAUAACCAAACCAGCCGCCCAAAGAAACCCCGCAUAGAAAGCAGCUCGUCAUCAUCUCCACCGAGACUCUUUUCCCAUUCUUGAGCCACCCCUGCGCUGUAUCACAGACGAGCAACUCAAAUCGACAGCCUCCAGAUCAACCACACGCGUUUCCAACGGGGGAGAUUUCCAAACGAGAGCCCCUCGACGUUCAAUUCCCCUUUUCUUUUCCAUUUCUUCACUCACCCAUCCCGCUUCUUCUCCACCUCCCCCGACUCUCCCCCUUGGCCCCCCACUGCCCUUCGAGACAAGACAAGACGAGAUGUGGAAGCGGCCGACAAUCUCCACCGCGACGUCGGCGGCGGCGGCGCCCGACGCCAACCCCAUGGACCUCGUGUCGCCGACCAGGACGAAAAACCCGGGCCGGCGGUUCGCGCAGAUCGUGAGGCUGAGGCCCGAGUUCGUGGCCGAGUACAAGGAGGCGCACGCGGCCGUCUGGCCCGAGGUGCUGAAGCAGAUCAAGGACUGCAACAUCCAGGACUACAGCAUCUUCCACGACCCCGAGACGGGGAUCCUGUUCUCGUCGUUCAAGUACGUCGGGUACGACUACGCGGGCGACAUGGAGCGCAUGCGCGAGAACCCAAAGGUGCGCGAGUGGUGGCGCAUGACCGACGGCUGGCAGGAGUCGCUGGUCCCCGGGGCGCGGAGCAGCGAGGAGGGCGAGCCCGGGUGGUGGAAGCCUGUUGAGGAGGUGUUUUAUACGGCGUGAGAGCGGAGGGCAGGGAGGGAGUGUGUGAGUGAGGGAGGGAGGGAGAGAAGGGGAGAGGGAGAGGCUGACAGUUAGGAUGACCUUGGGGGCUUGUGAUUCGGCUUGGGCUUUGUGGGGUGCUGUGGGAGUCUGGGCUGGCAUGUGAUUUUUUCUCUACAUGGCAUGGAUCUUGUUUAGCCGCUGCUUCGAUGACUUGAUGGUAUAUCUCUCGCCAUGGCUCUCCCGCCCAAACUGCCUGCGAGUGACGAGUGCGAUUGAGAUUGAGAGUCGUCCAUGCGCUGGCCUUCACGUGCGAAUUAAACACCAUAGGAGCAUUU